AUGUUAGUUGGAUGUAUUUUACCUUUGGCCUUAUUGGCUGCCGCCGGUGCUGAAGCUGCUGAAACCACUACCACAGUGCAGCUGACCAUUACUAUCACCAAAACUUUAUAUUCCCCAGAAGAAUCCUCCUCGAUGUCUGUUGCGUCUGAAGCUUCUGAAGCUUCUGCUGCUUCUGCUUCCAAGGCUUCUGUUGCUUCUGCUUCGUCUGCUUCAUCUGCUAUUGCUGCUUCUGCUGUUUCUGCUGCUUCUGAAGCCAGUGCUGCCUCUGCUGCCUCCAAGGCUUCUGCCGCUAGUGCUGCUUCUGAAGCCUCUGUCGCCUCUGAAGCUUCUGUCGCUUCUGAGGCUUCUGUCGCUUCUGAGGCUUCUGAGGCCUCGGUUGCUUCUGUUGCUUCUGUUGCUUCUGUUGCUUCAAUUUCUUCUGCUAGUGCCGCUGCUGCUGCUGCUAAAUUGACUUCUGUUGCUCCAGCUCCUACAGCAGAAUUCAAUGUUUUGAAAGGUAACGCUAUUGCUGGCGAAUUCAGAGUUGUGAACCAAACAACAACAAGUGCACCACCAUCUUCUACUUAUGUUGCUCCUAGGACCGGUUACAAUGCUACUGUUAUUGGUUCUCAUACCAAGAACACUACAGCUAUUGGUGCUCAUCACAGCAAAAAUACAACUGUUGCUGGAGGAAAACGUUCAUCGACAUCGUCGUCUGUCAGAUCAUCUACUAAGGCUUCAUCUGGUUCGUCGGGUUCAUCCUCUCAAGCUGGUGCCGUUGUUAACUUUGGUGAUGCAAGCAAGGGUGUUGCCUUAGGUUUCAUUGGUGUUGUAGCUGCUGCGCUCUUAUAA